AUGCGACUAGUGGAUCAAGAAGCACAUUUCCAAUAUUGUCGAAUGAGUGUAGCAAAAUUUGAUAGUUUAUUGCAGCGGGUGCAACCAUUAAUUGAAAAACAGUUUACAAAUUUCAGAGAGCCUAUAUCUGCCAGAGACAGAUUGUAUGUAACCCUUCGCUAUUUAGCAUCUGGAGAUGCAAUGAGUUCAAUGGCUUAUGCCUAUCGAAUAGGGAGAAGUACAGUUUCACAAAUUGUAUCAGAAACCUGUGAUGCACUGUGGGAAGUGUUACAGGAUGAACUGUUGGAGCCUUCAGACGAAAACUGGAAAAGAAUAGCUGCUGAAUUUAACGACUGUUGGCAGUUCCCUCAUUGCAUCGGUGCUAUCGAUGGCAAACAUGUGGCGAUCAAGUGUCCAAGCAAUGCUGGCUCAAUGUACUACAAUUAUAAAGGAUUUCACAGUAUUGUACUGAUGGCCAUUGCGUCUGCUUCAUACCGAUUCAUGCUCGUCGAUAUUGGUGCUCAAGGUCGCCAUAGUGAUGGUGGAGUUUUUUUAAACUCUGUAAUGGGCCAAAAAUUUCACCAAGAACAACUAAAUAUUCCAUUGCCAUCGCCACUUCAUAUUAAUGGACCAUCUCUUCCAUAUAUGAUCGUGGCUGAUGAAGCAUUUCAGUUAAAUAAAUUUACAUUAAGACCCUAUCCAGGAAGAAGACCAAUAACAGCAUCUCUUGAAACGGCCGAAAAAAUAGUAAAAGCAGCUGUAGUACUCCACAACUUUUUAUUGCCGGAGCCAGCAUACUGUCCUCCAUUAUUUGGGGAUUCUGUAGCCCGCAAUGGUGACAUCGUUGAAGGACAAUGGCGACAAAUGGACUUGGAUAAUACAGCCUUUCAUAGAGUUGGGCGUGCUGGAGGUCAAGCGCAUUCUCGCUACGCUGCCGAGAGGCGAAAUGAAUUUAAAGACUAUUUUUUAAACGAAGGUACCGUUCCUUGGCAGUGGGAUCUCAGGCACGCGUUGCAAUAA